AUGGCGAAGUCCGGAGCUUCUUCGAAGAUCGAGAUUGGAAACACCAGUGAGGUUUGGACAGAAGCCGACGAAGCGGCCAUGCAGGCUUUGUUAGCCAGCCGCAACAGGGUGUCUACAGCGAUGAUUGGGGGUGCCCGUGCUGGUGGCAGUAUGACAGUCGCAUCCAAGCGACGUUGUUGCGUCGAGGAGGAUGAGGGUGACUAUGAGGAAUGGUCAGUGGCACAGGAUUUGAAGAUUCCUCAGAAACCAGGCCCUGAGGUGACAAAGAAAGACAUCGUGCUCCCAAAGCGAGUGGACUCACUGGAAAAGUGGGGAAGAGUCCUUAUCACGAUGGACGCGUGGAAAAGGGAGAAAAUCACUUUUGAGAAGGCCAUUUCGAUGGCAGAGCACAACGACAAGAUGAAAAAAUAUUUGAACUUCAUCCAGGGGCUUAACUGUCUCAGUAGCCGGGCCGGGCUCGUGGGGCUGGUGGGUCUCCGCUGGUUUGGCAUCGUGCAAAGCGACGAACCGCAGCAGGUUUGCCCGCAGCAAACACCAUCAAGCACUGAAGUCAAGUAUGGCCAUUCCAAUUCCGGUCACCGGGUCAAGAAGGGCCCCCCGGAGCCAAAGGAAGUGCCUGAGUCCUUUGCAGAGGACUAUUGGAUGUCUCCCACUACCGCCAGGAUACCAUGCCUCCCUCAGUUGAAGGAGAUGUUGGCACAAGGCGGCAAGGCCAAAGAGUGCCUUGCUGCAGCUCAGACUCAGAAGAAGAGUGUGGAGGAAAUCCUUGCAGCUUCAAAGGACCGCUGGCUGCGGCGCUUGAAGAUGGGAUUCAACUUGCUCAUUGAGGGUUUCGGCUCCAAGUGGCGCUUGUUGGAAGCCUUCGUGCAGGACCUGCAAAGCCACGACCUGGACGUCUGUUGCAUCGAUGGCUUUGACGCCACAGCCUCGCUGCCCAACUUUUUGCGUCAGCUGCUGGCGCAGCUGUUUGGACAUCACCGAGGUAUUGGAUCCUUAGAAGCCUUGGUGCAAGCAGUGCUUGAGGCCCAGGCUCAAGACAGCGUGCCGCUGGUCUUGGUGGUGCACAAUCUUGAGGCGCUUCCAGUGGCGCACCAAGCGGCCUUAAGUACCCUGGUGGCUGGCCAUGGCAUCUGGCUAGUGACCUCAGUGGAUCAUCUGUGGGCGCCCUUAGCUUGGAGUAGCGACAUGCUUAAGGAUUUCAACUUCUGCCGCGAAGAGGUCCACACCAUGGAGGGCUACGAGAUUGAACUGCAGGGCAAAUAUCCUGAAGGGCCGCCCAAUUGGGUGGAUCCCUUUGCGGUGGAGGUCUCCUCCAAGGUAAGCAUGGGCUUGGUCUUGAAAAGUCUCACCAGCAAUCAUCGGGAACUCGUGGAGGUCAUGGCCAAGAACCAGCUGGAAGGUCGGAAAGAGGGCAUUUCCAUGCCAGAUUUGUUGGUGGUGGCAGAGGAUCGCAUGAUCGCCAACAAUCUUACGAAGCUCAGGCGGUUGCUGAAUGAACUCACCGACCACGACAUUGUGGUGCAGAGGCAAGGACAAGAUGGUACCACUGUCUAUGCUUUGGUGGCCAAGGAACAUUUGUUGAGGCGCUUGGCACGAGGUGAAAUGCCUGGUGCCGAUGAUGCGCAGUGUGAGGACGAUGAGGAUGGCAGCGACAUGGACGAAGACUGCGAUACCACGGAGAGUUGCGUGGUGACACUGAUAGCGGCUGGCAACAGCGGUCAUGUCUGUGCUGCUUUGAUUGAUGGCAACACUCAUGGCAGGGUGAAGGUACAACUUCUGACCAGCCGCCCGGAGCUCUUUAAGAACCUCAAUCCGAAGGUUCGCUUUCCGGAUGGACAGAUGCAGGAGGGUCUUCUCCACCGCGUCUCGAAGAAUCCCGCAGAGCUGAUCCCCAACUCCGACAUUGUGCUCUGGACAGGGCCUGUUACCAGCACCAAGGAAGUCUUUGAAAAACUGCAGCCCUACUUCGAUGCCAAUCGCACCUGCAUCGGCACCAUUUUUGCGCAAGGCCUUGUGCACGUGUCUGCACAGCGCAUAUUUGGGCCACAUGUACGAUUCUUCGCGCUGCGAAACAUUCCUUGGCUGUGUCGAGUCGUGAAGGUAGGCGAGGAGAGCGAAAUCACUGGUGCCAAGAGCUCCAUCGGUGUGAUCACCACCAGCAACUUGUCGGAGACCUGGGUCAAAACGCAGCUGGAGCCACUCUUCGUGGUGCAAAAAAGUGGGAAGUGGGAACCAGUGCUGGAGGUCCUGCCCGACUUCUGUCCAGUGGUCUUCAACCCCGCGAAUCAGAUCAUCCACCCGGCGAGAUAUUGGGCCAUGUUCCGAAACUGGAGCGGCCAGCCGCUGCCCAAAGAGGCGGAACCGCCGGAGUGGCUGUACCGAGAUAUGGAUGAGACUGCUGGGCAGGUGCUGGUCGUCUUGGAUGAGGAGCUGCAAGCCUUGAAGAAUGCGUACUUCCGCGCCACUGGUGCCCAAGGGUGCAAUCAUGUGAUACCCUUGGCCACCCGGCUUUUGGAGCAGUACGGCGACCAGAUCAGCGACAAGCGCGGCACCCAGAAAAUCCGGGACCCGUCCACCAUGGCAAAGAUGGUAGGCACCAACAAGGCCUACUCCAUGGCGAGGACCCCAGUGCUGCGUAGCAUACAGGGUGUCAUGCCUCACCCCAGUCAUCGGGUCGUCACAGAUGACAUCGGAUGGGGUCUCUGUGUCCUUGUGUCAAUCGCAGAGCGUCUCGAGGAUGUGGGAAUGCAGACUCCCACCACCAUGAUGCGGAUGCUCAUUGAGUGGCACCAGAAAAUCAUGGGGAAGGAGUAUCUCUACCAUGGCCGCCUUCGGGGCCGCGACUGCGCUGAGUUGGUCUUGUUACAUCCAGGGGACGAUCUGUCCAUGGUGGCCAAGGGGCUUCAUAGCGACAGCUUGGAUGACUGGAUCUCCAAAGCAGAUGGUCAGGUCCUGGACAGUGGCGACAGUGAUUUCUGGGGCCGCCCGGGUCGUGGCGCUGCCCGCCCUCGACGUUGUAGCUCUGACUCUGAGGCUCAGCAUCAGCUCGCCACACUUUGCAAGGACCUUGAAGGACGUCCGCUAGUGCAAGAGUUCAUACCGGUGCUUCAAGCGCUCAAUCAGGUGCUUCACGUUUGGACGGCACCAGAGGCAGCAUUUCAGGCUGCAAGGGCAGCAGUGGCAUUUCUGAAGCCCUACACAGAGGAAGAGAGGACUCUGGAGUUCCUCCUCUCUUCCCACACACACAAGGAGAAGAUGGAAAACUGUGCAGCUUCAAUGAAGAGGGCCUUGGUGGCGUGUCAGUCGGCCGGACUCACCGAGGAGGCCGAGCUGCAGCGCUGGCCGAAAGCGCUGGAAGGUCUGCGACAAAAGUGCCGCGAGGUCUUUGAGCUGCAUUUCUACGCUGUUUUCCUGGAUGUCAAGGGAGACAAGGUACUCUUGGAGCAACUCUUUCGCUGGCUCAGUGCCGCUCUGCAGUUGCCUUUAGCGUCCAUUCAGAGGUGCCUUGCAAGGACGAGGCCCUGGGCUGAAGAGGCACUUCAGGCAAUGGCGCGACGGAAGCAGCUGCGGAUGUUGCAGAGGCUUCAUGAGAGGGCCUUACAGCAGUGGAAUCGCGAAUGGCAGGAGGCGUCGCGCCCAGAGUCUGGAAAGCUGGGCGUCAAAUUUUGGGAUAGCAGCUUUUGUCACCUCUUCAAGAUAGCAUGGCCGGAUUUUGUGGAGGCCUUCGAGAAUUUCUAUGUGGGGCGAUGCCCCAAUGACCUGGUACGGCAGUUGCGUGCCAAGGUGGACCCAAACGGCAAUCAUCAGGUGACACGGAACUCUUGGCAGCUUCUCUUGCGAGAUCACAGCAGGAUCUCAGACAUUGUCGACAUCUUGCUGGAGGAGGUUUUGAGCAGCCUGCCGGAGUGUAUCUACAGGGAGCCACCCGAGGAGGAAGAAGUCAUCGAUGUGGACGCCUCCGAAUGGCAGGUGUGUGAAUCGAGUAAACAGGGCCCUCAAGCAUGCGGCGAGCCGCUGCGCUUGGGCUUUCCUUCACCGCAGUCUACACCACAGGUUGCGAAGCCGUGGGUCCCGUUUGCACAUAGCACAGCGGACGAUGAUAUGUCCAUCCCGACCCAGACAGAUGUGCGUCAUCCCACAGGUGCACCGCUGCAUGGAGCGCGUGACUCCACUCGAGUUGCCUGGGACGAUUUUGUGAGCGAUUUGUGCGCCUCGCAUAAGCCCUGGUGGAUGGAUCCGGAAGACGAGGCCAGCAGUGCAAGUUUUGCAUUGCGAGAGUCAGCUCUGCGCGCCGUGGAUUCGUGCAUUUCAUGCACCCGGCGCUCCUUGAUCUUCGGGGUCGUCAGCGGUGACUUGGGACAGAAUCGGCCGGUGCUUCAAAUGCCGAACCCAGCCCAUGUGGACGAAAAGCCGCAUGCCGUGUCCCCGAGCUCUCCGCGGGAGGCGCCUGCGGACUUUUCGACCUUGCCAGCCUUGGUGGUUGCAGCCAACGGGAGUCGCUUUAGUGGCGUGACCAAGUUUGGCAGGAGCUCAUCCAAAAGGGCUCUGGCUCCAGACUGUCCGAUGUCUGAGCCCAUUGCCUCUAGAAGUCAUUUCAACGUGAUCCACGACCAGGAGACGGAUCAGUUUUACAUCAUGGACGCUGGCUCCAAAUGGGGCACAUUUGUGAAGAUCGGCUCCACGGUGACUUUGAGCUGCGGAGAUUGGAUCCGCGUAGGUGGUGUGGAGUUCAUUGUCCGCUUCUGUGGAGGUGGCUGCAAGUGUCAAAAGAGCCACAUACACUACCGGCUUCAUUCGCUGAAGAUCGAAGAGGAGCGCCACAAAGGCAUGUGGCCCAACCCGAAGCCAAAGGUGUGUUUUUCAGACACUUCUCCAUCCUCGGUGUCCAAGACAGGGAAUGGAGGAGAGGAACUUUCGGACGAUGACAUCCAGGCCGAACUGUUGACGGUUCGAAAAUCUCGUGGGUGGAUGAGUACAGCUUCUAGGCUCUGCAGCUGUGCAUCUGCCACAGAUCGGCCCAUGAAGAUGCAGUCCGGGACUUGCAUCCCGGUGGCGCCACUCGAAUUGGAUUUCAUCUCAGGUCCUCGCAUGGGUGAGAAGAUCGUCCUAUUAGACAGGGCCAGUGUCUAA